AUGCUGCUCAAGUAUAGUGCAUUCAAGUUGACGACUACAUCCAUACGGUUGGGUAUAAUAACCAGCCUUAUUUUAUGGUUUAUUACCUUCCUGGCAAUUAUCCACCAAGGAAAGAAUUACGGCGAACUUCCUUGGAAGGUUUCCCCUUCAGCUCCAGAACUUCAAAAUUCAAUCAUUAUUUACCCCGAUGGUUUAGAUCACGACAAUGGCAAAUUAACGAACUUUCCAGCCAACAACAAAACCACAGUUCAAUACCACAAACUGCACUCCAACCCAUUAACUCCGGAAAUUAUGAACCACCGGUACACUCCACACAACUUAAAAAUCUAUAAUUCUCUUAGUCCUGCUAAUGGAUUUUGCGAGGAAAUAGAAGAAAAUACUCAAAUUCAAAUUUCACAAUAUCAACGAUUGCUGGACGAUUUCGUUGAAAUGGUUAAGGUAUUGAUUGACCAUUUAGAAAAUGAUGAACCCUUCAGUGGGUUGCGGGAUUUCUUCCAGGGUAAACUAGCUAAUUUCGAUGAAGACCUUUUGCGGAAACAUUUCUUCAAGUUUGCUGGGACUUCAGUUUGGUUGGAAGAAUAUGGUGUACAUUUAAUGGUCA